CUGGGUAUUUAUUUUGGAUGAUAUUUUCUGGGUUGUUGUCCCCUCCUUCUUCUUCACUUUGUCGAAGUCUUUGCUUCAAACAGCAAUAAUCAAUAGAUUCCUCUUUUUUCAUUUUUUAGCCUGUGAUUCAUUCUUCUAACUCCUACUAGGAUCCCACUACAACACAACUUGCUAAAAUAAUUUCACUUUUCUCACUUUGUUGUGUUGCGUCCCUCACUUUUACUGGUCCCGUGUUAAUGAGCUAGUACAAGUACUACUUUGGUGUUGUGGAUCACAAUCAGAUCACUUAACUGCCACCAACCAGAGGAUUCAAGUGCACAUUUGCAAAGAGGUGAGCAUGCUUUUGAAAACUCUUACUAAGUUGAUACUGGACCAAUACGGCAAUAUCCAAUCCUCAAGAUCAUAAACAAGAAAUUAAAAAGACAUGUUUUUCCCUUGUAAAGUUACAGCUUAGUGUUCUUUUAGUUUCUUCUCUCUGAGUUGGUGCAAUUAAAAUGCUUGAUUUCUCUACAGGCCAAAGGGUCUUUCCUAAGAUGUUUCAGAAUAAGUGGUUCUGCCUUGGUGCUUGAUUAUGCUUCUGGGUGUUGUUUAAAUUAUUAUCUGGGAGCAACCGUGGAUAUUACCUGUUCUUGGUGUUUUAAAUUUCAAUUGUACUGCUCCUACAGGUCUGUUUAUGUGCUAACUGGAAAUGGAUUUUAGUUGUGCUUGUGGAUUUAGCUUCUUUCAUUGUGAAAGCUUGGAUAUUAUGUUGUUGCUGCAUUGAGUACUGCACUCAAGGCUGCAAAAGAAGCUGAAAUUGGUUGUAGGAUCUUCUCCUAUUAACUUAGAUUUGAAAUUAUGAUCAAACAAAUACUUGGUAGGCUUCCUCGGAAACCUGCUAAGUCAGCUGAAAAUCGUGAAUUCGGGGCUUCAUCAACCCCAUCCCCUAAUGCAACUGGUACAGGAGCAUCUGAUGUAGUCAUUGGUGAUCCAGUGAUCUCGAACAACGCCUCUAUUCCUGGCUCUGAUGUUGCUUCCAUCUCAGCUUAUGGAGAUAGGAGUAAGGUUCCUGUGUCUGUAAACCCAAAAGUGAAUGGUAAUGGGAUAAUUGCCCCUUAUGAAGCAUUGGCAAGUUUUAGGGACGUUCCCAACUCUGAGAAGCAAAUCUUAUUUAUCAGAAAGCUGAAUUUGUGUUGUCUAGUGUUUGACUUCACUGACUCAACCAAGAAUAUAAAAGAAAAGGAAAUCAAAAAACAGACAUUGCUUGAGCUGGUGGAAUAUGUUACUUCUGCUAAUGGGAAGUUUACUGAAAUUGUUAUGCAAGAAGCUAUUAAGAUGGUAUCUGCAAACUUAUUCAGGCCGCUUCAUCCACAGCCACGUGAAAACAAAGUUCUAGAAGUCUUUGAUCUGGAUGAUGAGGAACCACUGAUAGACCCUGCAUGGUCUCACUUGCAAAUUGUGUAUGAGUUUCUUCUUAGGUUUGUUGCAUCCCCGGAAACUGAUACAAAGUCAGCAAAGAGAUAUAUUGACCACUCUUUUAUUCUCAGAUUGUUAGAUCUUUUUGAUUCAGAGUAUCCAAGGGAGAGGGAAUAUCUUAAAACUAUCCUACAUAGGAUAUAUGGAAAGUUUAUGGUCCAUCGCCCAUUUAUUAGGAAAUAUAUUUAUAAUAUCUUCUCCAGCUUUAUUUUUGAAACGGAAAAGUUUAAUGGGAUUGCUGAGCUUCUUGAGGUACUUGGAAGUAUCAUUAAUGGGUUUGCUUUGCCACUAAAAGAAGAGCAUAAAUUGUUUCUCUUUCAUGCUUUAAUCCCUCUUCAUAAAUCAAAAUGCUUAGCAAUGUACCAUCAGCAGUUGUCAUACUGCAUUACACAGUUCGUGGAAAAAGAUGGCAAGCUUGCAGAUACUGUAAUAAGGGGUUUGUUGAAGUACUGGCCCAUCACUAAUAGUUCAAAGGAAGUCAUGUUCCUCACUGAGCUAGAGGAAAUUCUUGAAGCCACUCAGCCAGCAGAUUUCCAAAGAUGUAUGGUGCCCUUAUUCAGUCGAAUUGCUCAUUGCUUGAACAGCUUACACUUUCAGGGAUGUGCACAUUUUCUGGUUAAAGAGGGCCAAUCUUUGACAGGGCCAAUUCAAGUUUUUCAGUUAUCUUUGUUUUUAAUAAUGCUGAGUUCACCCUCAUCUUUAAUGAUUGUGUAUAAACCACCUUUUCAAACUUUAUUUUUGGACAUUAAAGAGGGCCAAUCUUUGACAGGGCCAAUUCAAGUUUUUCAGUUAUCUUUGUUUUUAAUAAUGCUGAGUUCACCCUCAUCUUUAAUGAUUGUGUAUAAACCACCUUUUCAAACUUUAUCAAAAUCCUGCAAAAUUGAUCUUUUUAGGAUCGUAAUUCAUUAAUAUUUUUACAAAUCAAAACCUAUUUCAUGUUUUGAUUUAUGGCACUAUAAAUCAAGCUGGAAAUAUGUCAUUGGCUUUAGAUUUGGAACAGUUUUCAUAUAUAGUAACACAUUAAAAGUUUUUGAUAUGAUAAGAAUUUAGUUCAAGAUAUUGACUGCAGUUAGGUCUGAGUAGGCAUGCAAAACAAAAAUUGAUAAAAAUAUUCUUAUGAAUUUGUUGAGAUAAAAAUUAUUCUUGCUAUGAAGAUAAUCUUAACCAGAUAGUAUUGUCACUGUUAUUGGUAAUAUUCUUAAUUCGUGAGGUCCAGGCACUUGAUAAUAUCAUAUUAUAUCUCUGUCUUGCUCUUAUUUUAAAUAUUCUUUUAUCUGUCCUUUGAAUCUUCUGUGUUUUUAUGUAUUUUCAAUUUUCAUAAUGUUCAAUGCAAAUGCAAAUGAUGGGUGCCUGGGUGGAAGAUAAGAAUUAGGCUUUAAAUGAUAACGCCUGCUGCAGAUCCUCGACUCUUCCGUAACUUAAAGUUGGCAUUCCUGAAUUUUCAAUUUGCCAACUGUGCUACACUGCUGGCAUUGUAGCUUCCUGGACAAGGAGUUUCUAUUAAAUCAAUUUAUAAAAAUCAUGCUUUAUGAUUAUCUUUUUCUUUUUUUUUUUUUUU